UAUAAUAAAUACUGUAUGAAUUAUAGUCGUCACUUUCUCCAUAACCAUCUCCAAUGGCUACUCCUACUACUCUUCUUCUCAGAUCCCCUUUCUACACAAACCCUAGAAGAAGAACAACCACCACCACCAUCAAAGCAUCCAACAACCCACCCCCACCACUCCACCACCACCGUCGCCCCGCCGACGAAAGCAUCCGCCAAGAAGCCCACCGUCGCAACUCCACCGACCACAACUUCUCCGCCAAAUACGUCCCCUUCAACGCCCACCCAUCCUGCACUGAAUCCUACUCAUUAGACGAGAUCGUCUACCGCUCCCGCUCCGGCGGCCUCCUCGAUGUCCACCACGACAUGGAAGCCCUAAAAGCAUUCGACGGAACCUACUGGAAAUCCUUGUUCGAUUCCAGGAUCGGCAAGACCACCUGGCCCUACGGCUCCGGGGUAUGGUCCAAGAAAGAGUGGGUGUUGCCGGAGAUUGAUGAUGAUGAUAUUGUCAGCGCCUUUGAAGGUAAUUCCAACAUGUUUUGGGCUGAGCGUUUUGGCAAACAGUUGGUGGGCAUGAAUGAUUUAUGGGUUAAACAUUGUGGGAUUAGUCAUACGGGUAGUUUUAAAGAUCUGGGUAUGACUGUCUUGGUUAGUCAAGUCAACCGGUUGCGUAAAAUGAACCGCCCGGUGAUCGGGGUGGGCUGCGCGUCGACCGGAGACACGUCCGCUGCCUUAUCGGCUUACUGCGCCUCUGCUGGUAUCCCCAGCAUUGUUUUCUUGCCUGCUGAUAAGAUUUCGAUGGCGCAAUUGGUGCAGCCGAUUGCCAACGGGGCGUUUGUGUUGAGCUUGGAUACCGAUUUUGACGGGUGUAUGCGGUUGGUUAGGGAAGUGACGUCUGAAUUGCCGAUUUAUUUGGCGAAUAGUUUGAAUAGUCUGAGGUUAGAAGGGCAGAAAACGGCUGCGAUUGAGAUCUUGCAGCAGUUUGAUUGGGAAGUACCCGAUUGGGUGAUUGUUCCGGGUGGGAAUUUGGGGAACAUAUACGCGUUUUACAAAGGGUUUCACAUGUGCAAAGAGUUGGGAUUAGUUGAUAGGAUUCCGAGACUUGUGUGUGCUCAAGCUGCAAACGCGAACCCGCUUUAUUUACAUUUUCAAUCCGGGUGGGAGGAUUUUAGUCCUGUGAAGGCGAAAACGACUUUUGCAUCGGCUAUCCAGAUUGGUGAUCCGGUUUCUAUAGAUCGGGCAGUGUACGCGCUCAAGAAUUCGAAUGGGAUUGUUGAGGAGGCUACUGAAGAGGAACUGAUGGAUGCGAUGGCGCAAGCGGAUGCAACGGGGAUGUUUAUUUGUCCGCAUACUGGUGUUGCGUUGACGGCUUUGGUUAAGCUUAGGAAUAGUGGUGUGAUUAAGGCUACUGAUAGGGCGGUUGUGGUGAGUACUGCGCAUGGGUUGAAGUUUACGCAGUCGAAGAUUGAUUAUCACUCUAAAGCAAUCCCGGAAAUGGGUUGUAAGUUGGCUAAUCCGCCGGUGAAUGUGAAGGCGGAUUUUGGGUCGGUUAUGGAUGUUCUUAAAAAGUACUUGUUGAGCAAAGAAGUAAAGUGAGUGGAAGUCUUCUGUUGUUAUAUGUUCCUUUGGUAUUUUAGAUUUAGGGGUGUUGUUAGUUGUAGCUUUUGGUUUCCAUUUUGUUUGGGGGUGCCAUUGAGUUUAUGCUUUGAAAGAACCUUCUGGAUCUGUUCAUUAUCGCAGAUCGAGUCGUGGCGAGUCUGUUGUUUAUUUAUAAGAAUAAGAAGGCAUCGGCGUCGUGUGUUGCGUUGAGCAUCAAAGUUUAGUAGGAUUUGUAUGUGUAAUUCAUGCAUGUUUGUGAUCCUAGAGUCGUCUUUGUCCAAUGUUGGCUUUUUUGACAAUGUUUUGGACUGAGAUCCUUCAAUUAAGACUUUGUCAUUUGUUUUGA